AUGGUAAAAAUAGAGUAUAUAAGUGUAGAAGGACUGAGGGUUGACGGGAGAAGACCCGCGGAGGUGCGCAACAUCGAAAUACUCUGCGGCCCGGAAUGCGGAGUGGACGUCGGCAACUACGACGGAGUCUCCCAGGUUACGCAGGGACUGACUAAGGCUCAAGCGUUCGUUAAAGGACCGACUGAUGUAGGACGGAACAAACAACGGAGUCAACUCGAAACAUCAGACAGCCCGGUGGAAAUACAAUGCGAGGUGGUAAUGCCCUGCGAAAAAAGGGCCACGGGCAAUAAAAUGGAUCACCAAUCUGCCGAUAUCGCACAAACUGUGAUUGCAACUUUUGAAAGGAUCGUCUUAUCACACUUCUACAAAAACUCGGUCAUACACAUCUUCGUCAACGUACUAGAAAACGAUGGUGAUCCCAAUCAGCUGGAAUUGAAUGCGUCUAUUAUGGAACUAACCCUUGCUACUUCCGUGUCCAAGGAAGAGAUCAUAUAUAUCGAUCUUAAGUCGAAACACGCUAUUAAGUCAGUCGAAGAAAUCAUUCUGAACACUAUACAAGCUUCCAAGCAGUUCAGCAUCCUGGCGAAGACCAAGCUCAAAAAGUACGCUCGCGAUUAUCUAGAACUCAACAGCGCUGUGCACGUCUGA